UAGGAGUUCCAGUGAGAGACUUAGGGAAGGAAGAGAAGUGAGCAGACACAAACACUGACAGCCACUAGGAGUUAAAAUCUCCUAGGCAGCAGUAAGCUGGAAGAAAGGACAGAAGUGCCUCUGGCCAUAAUGGGGAUUUUACUGGACCUGCUGCUUCUGAGCCACCUAGCAGUGAUCACCUGUGGCCACCCCAUCCUGGAAGCACCAGAGAACAUAACAGGACCCUGGAAAGGGGAUGUGAAUAUUCCUUGUACCUAUGGUCCCCUAAAAGGUUAUACCCAAGUCAUGGUGAGGUGGUUGGUACAACGUGAUUCAGAACCAGUCACCAUCUUCCAACGUGACUCCUCUGGAGACCAUAUCCAGCAAGCGAAAUACCGAGGUCGCCUGCAUCUGAGCCAGAAUAUUCCAGGGGUUGUAUCUCUCCAACUGAAUACCUUGGAGAUGGAUGACAGAAGCCACUACACCUGUGAAGUCACCUGGCAGACCCCUGAUAGCAAACAAGUGAUGAGAGACAAGAUCAUUGAGCUCCGUGUCCAGAAACUCCCUGUCUCAAAGCCCACAGUGACCACUGGCAGUGGUUAUGGUUUCACUGUGCCCCAGGGAAUGAGAAUUAGCCUUCAAUGCCAGGCUUGGGGUUCUCCCCCCAUCAGUUAUGCCUGGUACAAGGAACAAACUAAUGACCAGGAACCCAUUAAAGUAGCAGCCUUGAGUACUUUACUCUUCAAGCCUGCAGUGGUGGCCAACUCAGGCUCCUAUUUUUGUACUGCCAAGGGCCGUGUUGGCGCUGAACAACGGAGCAACGCUGUAAAGUUUGUAGUCAAAGAGCCGCUUGACAUGAAGAAUGAAGCACCUACAAUCACAAAAUCCCCAUUGGAAGCAACAUCUACAGUAAACCAAUCCUGGGACCAAACUUCUAAAGCGGAUGUCUACUUUGGGGAAACCAUCAGUGAGCCAGGAAAAGCAAGGGGCUUGCCUAUGUUUGCCAUCAUCCUCAUCACCUCCUUGUGCUGUAUAGUUGUCCUCACCAUGGCUUAUGUCAUGCUCUGCCGGAAGACAACUCAACAGGAACAUGUCUAUGAAGUCAACAGCAUAGAUGCCAGAGAGGCCAGCAACUCUGGAGAAACCAUGAUGGUAGCCAUCUCCCCAUUUGGCUGGGCCAACAGCAAGCAAGCUUCCCCGACGGUGGGCAACGACUAGUGUGAUGAACUCUUCCUGGGCCAGAAGUACCAGAUCAUCACCCAGAUCAACAGUGACUAUGCCUGCCUGCUGCAAACAGUACCCUUGGAUAAUGAGCUUCUGGCCACUGAGAGCAAGAGUGUUAUUAAAAUGUUCCACUGGGUCAAGUUCUGUUAAAAUAAUUAUCUAUUCAGUUCCUGUCUUUUGCAUGACCUCCUUCCUUGCUAAUUCUCUUCCUGAAUAGCCCAAAGUGUCUGCCCUGCCAAUGUUCGGCACGCUAGGAGUGAAUUUCCCCUGAAGCAAGCCAGCGGCUGGGUUUUGUCCUUGGUCUUUCUGGUGUCUCCACCUGAGCCUUCCACUGUUCUUUCUCCAACUCCAGAGAAGUGUUCACAGCACUAAGGUUUGUUCAUCAGACCUCUAGGUACUGCCAGAAGAUCAGAGGGGGCUAAACUCCGCCAGCUCAAGAAACCAACUAUGUGCGGGAUCACUUCUCUUUCUCUAGGGCCAGACUACUUUUAUCUGAGACUGUUAUGUUACAAGUCAGGGUUUUGUUCUGCCCUGGACUAUGAAUCUAGUGCUCUGGUAUUCUUUCAGUGCUCAAUAAAUAGCUCAUCAUGAUAGCAA